AGUGUGAUUGUUUUGUUCUGUAGAGGGUGUUAUGGCGGCGCCAGUGGAGGGAAUUUCAAAAGUGAGCAGAUCCUGCUAAAUAGAGUCAAUCUAACCUCAUGUAUUAACAGUGACAACUACAAGAAACGCGUGAGCUGUCAUUCGGGACGCUUCCUCAUAACAUAACAGAGCCGUCGCCCAAAGAUAAAGACUCAGACUGGUGACCUAAGAUGACCAGAGUAGGUCCCCUGCAGCAGCGUCCUCUAGCAGGGUGCAAUGACCCAGACAUCCGACUGGUCCCAAUGCCUGCCCCGGUGCCCCUGGUCCCCGCUAGCCUCCUGCGGUGCCCGGAACUGGACCUGUCUCUCCCCCUCAGCCCAGACCCGCCACGACCCAACCCAGCUAGCCUGCUGAGAGGACGCAGCCACCGGCAGGUGCGAUUUGCCUCCGAGGAGCCUGUGGUUGUCACGGUGAUAGCAGAGCCUAGCAAAGACCCUCCACCUUGGCAAUGCCCUGGACACUCCAGCAGUUACUCAAAGGGGAAAAGACUCCAUGGUGGAGAUCUGUGUUGGAGGGCAAGGUCAGCAACCAAUGAGGAGGCUCCGUGUGAGGAGAGGGGUGGCAGCCUCCCUGAAGGGGCGGAGUUAAAUACUACUCUGGCUCUGAGGGCUGAGCUAGAUAACGUGGCAGGGGCAGAGUUUAACUCCCAGAAGGCUGUGCAGGAGCAACUACAGAAGUCAGACAGAACCAAGAACAGCAUCAGCGCCCGGGCUACAGAGGGGGUGAACGUCCCUCCAUCCCAGCACCUCUACAGGGCAUUGGUCAGUGUGAAUGUGGAGGAGGAGGAGCUUAUCAGCCAGGCUCUACGUGACAGGCUUCAGCUGGUCUCGACCACAUGCAGCCAUGGCAACAAGAAAGAGGACAGUCCUGACCUGCAGGUUUUCUUCAGGGGGGAUCUGCUGAGAGAGAAGCCCCUCCUACCAGGGGAGGAGAUUACCAUCCCACGGCCCCAGCCCAUCCCACGCCCCGCAGACACAACCUUCGACCUCUACCACAGACACACAUGCUGGGAGGCUGGACCCUGACACACACACACUUACUCUGAACCUCUAGACUGAAAGGUCCUGUCCCAAAACUGAAGAAGAGCAUUAUCCCUUCUUUCCCUCCCUACCUCAUGUCAUUCUCAGAUAUAAAUAUUAUAUUUUAAACUAAUUGAAGAUAUUAAAGGAAUGAACCUGUA